UCAAUGUAUUAUGACCCCUUAUGACGACCUUCUCUAUAAUGCUGAAGACUGACCAUAAAUAUGAGCAAUCGAAUAUUCACAAUACAUAAAUGAUAAAUUCUUAAAAUUUCCGUGAAAAGUGGGAGGAAAAAAAAAUCGUUCCAACUUUCAAAACACAAGACAUGAAGAGCUCGACAGGCAUCCAUUGUUUUGCGCAUGCGUAGUUGAAACCUUGUAUGUAAAUAUUAUACACAGCAAAAUGGCCGUCACCGAUGGGAAUGCAGUAAAAGAGGAAACAUUAACGGCUCUUACAAGAGAAGCAGAAAACCUUAAACAGAAACUAUUAGAAGAAAGACACAAGCUGAACGAUGUUGAAAUGUACACAGUAGCCCAGAGGUUGGAGCCUCUGCCUCCUCUGAACCUGAAACCAAGGCGUAUCCUGAAGGGCCAUCAAGGGAAGGUCCUAUGCCUAGACUGGGCAAGAGACCAGCGGCACAUGGUGACCUCUUCGCAGGAUGGCAAGGUUAUAGUUUGGGAUGCCUUCACAACUAACAAGGAACAUGCAAUAACAAUGCCAACGACUUGGGUGAUGGCUUGUGCCUAUGCACCUUCAGGCACCAUGGUAGCAUGUGGUGGUCUGGAUAACAAGUGCUCGGUGUAUCAACUCACCCAAGAGGAGGAUCUAUCAAGUAGCAAGAAGAGAGCUGUGGCCAUGCAUACCAGCUAUGUCUCAUGCUGUACCUUCAUGAACUCUGACCAACAGAUUUUGACAGGAAGUGGUGACAGUACCUGUGCAUUGUGGGAUGUGGAGAGCGGUCAGCUCCUGCAGAGUUUCCAUGGUCACAAUGCGGACGCAAUGGCGCUUGACCUCUCGCCCUCGGAAGCUUGCAAUACUUUUGUGUCAGGAGGUUGUGACAAGCAAGCGUUGGUGUGGGAUAUGAGAACCGGCCAGUGUGUGCAAUCCUUUGAAGGUCAUGACUCGGACAUCAAUGCUGUCAGGUUUUUCCCCAGUGGAGAUGGCUUUGCAACGGCCUCUGAUGAUGCAUCGUGUCGUAUGUACGACCUUAGGGCUGAUAGAGAGAUCAGCUGCUACAGCAAGGAGAGCAUCAUCUUUGGAGCCACAUCACUCGACUUCUCUCUAAGCGGGCGUCUGCUCUUCGUCGGAUACAACGACUACUCGGUCAACAUUUGGGACACUCUCAAGGGUCAUCGCUUGACCAUGCUCUACGGCCAUGAGAACAGGGUGAGCUGCCUGAGGGUCUCUCCAGACGGGACUGCCAUGUGUACUGGUAGCUGGGACUACACCCUCAGGAUCUGGGCUUAACAUGCUGACCAGUCAUUGGACGAACAUGUGACCAUACUGACCUGCAGGACUAGCGGGCACUUUGCUUUACUUAUUUUCUUCUGAGAUGUGGACCUAGAUAUGUAACUAGAACUCAAGCCCUGCGGUCUAAGUAUAGGCUAGACCAAGCCAUACUUAGACCUAAGGUUUGGCCAAUUUAUAUUUGGACUGAAUUUUUGACCGAAGGUUUGGACCUCACCUUUAGACUUUUAAACCUUUGACCUGUGGGCAAGAUUCUUUUCUUCUCAUACAGCAACCUGUGGCACUCUGACCAUCAUACAAGAGACUGUGUGUGUAACAUGUAAUGCACAUGAGUAAUGUGGCUCUAUUGUCAUAUGUACAUGUAUAUCCACAGUGAUCACAAAUGAAAGUUGUUAAGAUAAGUUCACAUAAAAUCAGUACAUCCUUCAAUAUUUAUCCAAACCAAACUCCCUACUCUCAUGAUUUUAAGUGUCCAGUAACUUCUUUUGAAAUUCAAUCAUCUUUAUUUAUGAGAUCAAGAUAACUGUACACCCUUGGGUCAUUGUUCUCCCCCGGUGUAUAUUUUCAUUAAAUACAAAAUUGAAAUCAUUGAAAUAAUAUGAUGUGAUGUUGAAAUGUUGAAAGUUACACCAAGAAAUGAAGGUCUGGAAAAUAAGAAAUCUAGUUGAUGUUGAUACAGAUAUUAAGUGUGUACAAUGUUGGGAACUGAAAAUUCCAAGAUCAGUGCAAAAAUUGAUUUUACUUGUUUUUCCUGGCAUCAAAAUAGUCUUUACAAUUAACACAGGCCAGUGUCAUAUUAGAGGUCCAAAUUUGUUGUUGGCGAGGACUUGUAGUAUAUUGAGGAGUUAUCUAAUUUGCUUUGAAAUAUCUUCAAAACUUCUUUUAUGUAAAGUAAGGACUUAUAUGAAAGGGAAUAUUUAUUCACAACUUUGACAUGCUAUUAGGAGUGGCUGUGAUAUUUUAGUGUGAUAGGAAUGUAUUUAUUGUGGAUUUCAUUUGAUAUUUGUAGUGAGUUUUGGGUCAAAUUUCUGGAUGUGGGUUUUAUUUAUUUCUUUGGAUUGAGAGAGUAACAACCAAGAAGAUAGACUCAGGGCGCAGAAUUUUUUGGCAGAAGAGAAAGAAAGAAAAGAUGAAUUUUUGCCCUCAUCUAUUUUUAUAAUCAUUUAACAAUACAAAAUCAUAGUUGUAGGUUUUGUGAGGAUAUGAUACAAUUGUUGAAAAAUCAAAAUUUAUAGGUGAAGGUGAGAAUGUAGAUCUCUAAUACAUGUAAAAGGAGGGAACUAUACAUGUAGUUCUACAUGUAGAUAGGUAUGUAUAGAUCUAUUGAAAUUAUAAAUAAUUUAUGCUAUCCGUAUCGAAUUUGUGAUAAUUUCAUUUUAUUGACUUAAUCAUCUUUUUCUUGUUUGGAUGUUUCUAGGAAUGAAAGCCACUUAAAAAUUUAUUUGAAAUUAUUACAAUAGUAGGUGUUCUAUUUUUCAGAUGUCUGAUGUCUGAUUCUUUACCGUUGUAUUACAGAGAUAAUUAGUUUAUUUAAUUGUUACAGCACAGUACCUGAAUAUUAUGAUUUCUGUUGUAAUUACACAUCAAAUUUUCUUCUUCUUUCAGUAGUAUAAAGAUUAAGGCCAUCCAUUCAAACAAAGGAAAAACAAUUUUUUUUCUUCUUCAAAAUCAGAUAAAAAGGUUAAUUUGGUUUUUUGCAAAGUAUUUUAGAGCAGAUGGCAUUAGUCAAAGACAGCACCUCAUUUUCUAGAAUUCUAAAAUUUUUCACCUUGCUUUAAUACUCGACACUUUUUACCUUAUCUUUUUCUUUUAAAUUUUGAAUACCUUUAGGUUUAUGAUGCUCAUUGGCUAUCCUAUAGAAGACAUUCCAGUACAUGCCUCUUGUAUUUAUCCUUGUUGAAUUGGAGUGACUAGAAAUAUUUAUUUUAGUUAUUAUUUUUCUGCGCCAAAUAUAAUUAUUCAUUUUUCAAUGAUUGACUAGAAGAAAAGAGGGAGAGGAGUAGUCUACUGGUGUAACUGGAAAUCUUUGGGUAGAAAUUGCACUGCAGUGGAUCAAUUUUGUCUCUUUUUUCCCUUUGAAUAGUAGUUCAAUGUUUAAUAUUGUACAAUGUAAGCAGGCAUGCAGUAACUUUUAUUUAAUCUGUUGUACAGGUAACUGAAAUGCGGUGUGAGAAUAAAAAUGUCCCUGU